UACCUCGUGACGUCACUUUUAAAAAAAUGGCGGACCUACAUGAGGCACGUAUGUUGGAAGGAAAAGAUAUAAACGGAGUCACUUCCAAAGAGACAGGUAACGGGAUUUUACAAGAGUUGGAAUUAAAUAACCUUGCUAGAGGAAUGAGUACUGCUCCUUCAACAUCACGAUUUCUAGUGGCCAGGGUUAACGAUGAAAAAGUUGACGAGACGGAUCAGCCGCCAGUUUCUGAAUCUGAAUCCGAACCAGCGAUCGGGAAACCGGCAAAACAACUUGACUUUCAAUUCCCGGAUUCCCCAAAAUCUCCCAAAUCUCCAUAUGAUUCGGUUCAUUUUUUCGGAGGAACUGUGAGUCCAAAUGACACAUAUGGAUAUAAUAAUUCAUGCGAAACUCACAUGAAAACAUUUGGAAAAAAUACAGUUGAAGCUAUUCCUCAUGUGGAUCAUUACAGAAACUUGCUUUCAGCAACAGCAGCAUUGAAGUCAAGACCAACUCUUGCCGAACUCCACGAAGAAAAGGAAGAGGAAGUCAUUCGAGCCAAACAGAGGGAACCACUUUUAGCAUCAGAAGAAAACUUGGUGGAGGAGUCCACUGCAAACAAAGCAACAGCAGUCAAGUUUGGAUGGAUCAAGGGAGUAUUGGUACGAUGUUUGCUGAACAUCUGGGGUGUGAUGCUGUUUAUGCGCCUGUCGUGGGUGGUGGGGCAGGCGGGGAUAGGUCUCUCCACCGUCAUUAUUCUCCUUGCUACUGUUGUUACUCUCCUUACAUUGAUAUCUAUGUCUGCAAUCUGUACAAACGGGGAGGUCAAGGGAGGAGGAGCAUAUUACAUGAUUUCUCGAAGUCUUGGUCCAGAGUUUGGUGGUGCUAUCGGCCUCAUAUUCUCUGUUGCCAAUGCUGUAGCAGUGUCCAUGUAUGUUGUUGGCUUUGCAGAAACAGUCAGAGAUAUACUCAAGGCUAAUGAUGCUUUAAUGGUGGAUGAAACCAAUGACAUUCGUAUCAUUGGUGUACUGACGGCCACACUGCUAUUAGGCAUUGCCAUCGUGGGAAUGGAGUGGGAGGCAAGGGCUCAAAUUGUUUUACUGGGUGCUUUGUUAAUAGCCAUAUUUAACUUUUUAAUUGGAACCUUUAUUCCUCCAAGUAUGGAGAAAGUGUCAAAAGGAAUCGCUGGUUAUCAAGGGACCAUCUUUAUAGAGAACCUUGGUCCCAAGUUCACAGAAGGAGAAAACUUUUUCUCUACAUUUGCAAUAUUUUUCCCUGCAGCCACUGGAAUAUUAGCUGGUGCAAACAUCUCUGGGGAUCUCAAAAAUGCCCAAAGAGACAUUCCACGAGGGACGUUCUUGGCUGUUGUUAUAUCCUCCCUCACCUACAUUGCCUGUGCCUGGCUGAUGGGGUCCUGCAUACUGCGUGAGGCAUCUGGAUUCGAACCAAGAGACCUGAUGUCCAACAAUACUCAGAAUAUGACAACAGGCCUGGUGUUCAAUUAUUCUCAGAAUAUAACAACAUACAUUGAGAAUGUAACGCUUGAUGUUGUGAACUCGACUGGUGUUGCUAGGGUCGAUGAUGUGUAUGCUCUGGCCAGGAAUUGCAGUCUUGGGAAGGGUGGGGUUUGUACCUAUGGACUGCUGCAUGACUUCCAAGCUAUGGAGCUGGUAUCUGCUUGGGGUCCUCUACUCACCCUGGGAAUUUUCUCAGCAACUCUUUCCUCUGCCCUUGCUAGUCUGGUUUCUGCCCCCAAAGUCUUCCAAGCUGUAUGUAAAGAUAGAAUUUUCCCUAAGAUACAUAUCUUUGCCAAAGGUUACGGUGCUAGUGAAAAUCCUAGGAGAGCCUACUUCCUAGCCUAUUUUAUUGGAGUGGCAUUUAUAUGUAUAGGUGAUCUGAAUGCCAUAGCUCCUAUUAUUUCCAACUUCUUCUUGAUGUCUUAUGCUCUAAUCAACUACUCGUGUUUUGAUGCUUCGCUUGCCAAUUCACCUGGUUGGCGUCCGGCUUUCCGUUAUUAUUCUAUGUGGUUGAGUUUAGUUGGUGCCUUACUCUGUAUAGCUGUGAUGUUUAUUAUGAACUGGUGGACCGCCCUCAUUACAUUCGUUAUUGUUUGUGCUCUCUUUGUUUAUGUCCAUUAUUCAAAACCAGAUGUAAAUUGGGGUUCCUCCACCCAGGCCCAUGUUUAUAAGAAUGCUCUCAACACCACACUCAAGCUUGUCUCUGUGGAGGACCAUAUCAAAAACUUCAGACCUCAAGUGCUGGUGUUAACAGGUGCCCCGUGGACCAGGCCGGAGUUAGUGGACUUUGUUUAUUCACUGACACACAAGAUAAGUCUGAUGGUCUGUGGCAAUAUUAUCGUGGGCACCCAGACAGAUAACCUUAAACAUCUCCAUGGAAGCCGUCCUAAGGAGGCCUAUCAUUGGUUACACCACAGAAGGGUCAAGGCCUUCUACACUGUUUCAACAUCAGGAAACUUCAGAAUGGGGGCUCAGAGCAUUAUGCAGAAUGUUGGUAUUGGUAAACUAAGACCUAACAUUCUCAUGAUGGGGUUCAUGUCUCGCUGGAAUGACCCUGAUGUUGACCAGUAUCUAGUGGAGGAGUAUGUCAAUGUAGUUCAUGAUGCCUUUGACUUGGAGUAUGGAGUUGGUAUACUGCGACUAAAGGAGAGAUUAUCGUGUGAGACAGACACUAAUGAGAGCCUCCCCGUUAACGACUCAGUACAUCAUGAAGGAGACCCAGAUGAUGAGGAUGAGGAUAAGCGACCUAGUUCCCCGAGCAGUCCCACCAUGCUUCGUCGUGGAAGCUCGAGCUCGGGUGAUAGCGAGGCAGAAGAGAAAGGUGUGGUCAUAGAUAUGCCAGCAGAGGUCAAACCGAGUAACUUCAAACAGAACAUCAGGAACCGCUUUGCCAAAAAACAGAAAAAAGGAACCAUUGAUGUCUGGUGGCUCUUUGAUGAUGGAGGGUUGACCCUUUUACUACCCUAUAUCCUGUCCACAAAGCAAUACUGGAGGAGCUGUCCACUGAGAGUGUUUGCUGCGGGAACAAAGAGAGGAGAAAUUGACAGGGAACAAAGACAAAUGGCAACCUUGUUGAGUCGAUUCAGAAUCCAAUGUGAGAAGAUGACAAUUUUGUCAGAUAUUGGAAAGUCUCCAUCAGAAGACAGCAUGAAGAACUUUGAGAAGUUACUGGAAGGCUGGAUGUUGGAUGAGGAUAAUGGUGAAACACAGGAAAAAUACCCCUGGAAAAUCACAGAGGAGCAGAAACUAUUCUUAAAGGAUAAGACUAAGAGAAAUGUCCGUUUGAAAGAGUUGUUGUUGGAACAUUCUAAAGAUGCAGCACUAAUUGUAAUGACAUUACCCAUGCCGAGGAAGGGCACCUGUCCAGCUGGUUUGUACAUGGCCUGGAUAGAAACUCUUACAAAAGACCUACCCCCCAUCUUACUCCUGCGAGGGAACCAGUCAAGUGUACUCACAUUCUACUCCUAACCUCGGACACCAAUACCUGGCCUGACCUAAAAGUCACAGAGUAGAUAAUUGUAUUGUCUUAUUUGUGCAUAAUAGUUUAAGCUGCUAUAUUCCUUUUAAUAAUGAUGCUCAGGUGGAAUUUUUGUUACUUUGUUAUCUUGAAGGAAUAGUUGUAUUCUAAGGUCACCUGAGUCGCACAAACCUAUUUCUAUGCCUGUUUGCCUGGUGUUGUCCAUCAUGUAAACUUCUGUUUAAUCUUGAACCUGAAUCACUUCUUAACCAAAUUUGGUAUUUGUAUGAGUACUCUAU